AUGGCGCGUGUGCUGAGAUCUCUGCGCCAAUUGCUGGGUUUCACUCCGUUGUCUUCGCCUUCACCGUCAGCUCUGGACCCGCGCCACCGCUUCGCCCGUUCAAUUGAUACAGAUUUCUCCUAUUUGCGAGAGGGCGACCAGGUUAUAGUCUACAACCACAGAAAAAGACAGCCGGCCUUAGCUGGCCCGCUUCAGAAAGGCCAAAAGGCGCAGACAUCCAAAGGGUCUCUGGCACAUGACCAGAUCAUUGGCCGGAAAGUUCGAGAUACCGUUCAGUCAAGCAAAGGUGUAAAUUAUCGAGUUAACCUUCCUACCCUCGAUCAAUAUGUUGCGUUGACGCCGCGCCAUGUAACGCCGAUUUACGCUAAAGAUGCAAGCGUCAUUGUUUCAUAUCUUGAUAUAGAUGUUGUGCCCCCAGGCGAGGGUGACAACAGCCAUCCGCCACUAGAGAUCCUCGAAUCCGGAACAGGCCAUGGCGCUUUGACACUACAUCUAUCGCGCGCAGUCCAAGCCGCCAACUCCCUUCCACCGCCAAUCCCGAAAGCGUCUCAAGUGAAAUAUCUAGAAGAAAGUCCGACACGGCCGGCCGAUGACACAAAGGAUACUUCGAAACGCCCGGAAGAUGGAAUCGGGUUUGGAGGGAAAGAAGUAGAUCUGGCGCAACAACAAUGGGAUGCGUGGCGUGCCCAGCGCAAAGCAAUCAUCCACACAGUUGAAGUAUCACCGACCUUCUCGAAGCACGCAGAGAAAAUUGUCCGCGGGUUUCGCCGCGGUAUCUACGCCGGCAAUGUCGACUUCUACGUCGGUCGUGUGGAGAACUGGAUCUCAGCUCGAAAGCAACAACUUGAAGCACCCAGCUCCGCCAUUAGCUCUCUCCUCAAACCCAAAUCAUUGGAACCUUUCCUCACCCAUGCAAUCCUCGACAUGCCAUCCGCCCAUCUACGCAUCCCCGUCGUCGCUCCCCUUCUCAAACCAAACGGUGUUCUAGCGGUCUUCAUGCCCAGCGUCACUCAAAUCGCGGACUGUGUCGAUAUUAUCCGGAAACAAAGAGUUCCGCUUGAUCUUGAACACGUUAUCGAGCUCGGGACAGGAAUCAGUGGCGGGAGGUCGUGGGAUGUUAAGUUUGUAUCGAAAAAGUCGAAGGCCGAUCCAGGAUGGGAUAACUCAACUUCGGUCGAAGCUGAGUCUGGGAACACUACCGAAGAAUCAUCUGGAGAAAGCAAAACGGUACCCGAGAAAGCACAGGCACAAGAAACCGCUAAAGACCCGGAAGGCGUCCUUGUGUGCCGACCAAAGGCUGGGACUUUGCUGGCCGGUGGAGGCUUUGUGGGCAUUUGGAGAAAAAUGCAGGGUGUACAUGGAGAGAACACCAUGUAG